AUGAAACGAAGAGGAGUCCUACCCAAUGAACAAGAAAUAUAUACAACUCUCAUAAAUGGCAUGGCAACUAAAUGUCAUUUCCCUAAUAACCUAGUCUACACUAGCUUUGUGAUAGAUAGCAUGCGAAUGAACGCGAAAGAUAUCUCAAUUCGUCCAACUACUGUCCACGGGAACGCGUUAUUAUCUGCAUGUAAUCGCGUAAAUGAUUUCAAGUCAUUACGAGAACAUUUCGAGCGGCUAUUUCGAUCCGGCGAAAUUUCGCCGAACCAUGAAACAUACACGAUAAUGUUUCAUGCGUGUUAUAAAUCUAAAGUUGGUCCCGAAGGUUUCAAGUAUGUGUUGGCUCUUUGGAAUGAAUUAACGCAAAAACUUGAAAAGCAGAAACAAGAAGACGAAAGUUCUGAAAAGAAAGCUGAGGAGAGCAAGGAAAAAUUUGUGGUGGAUGAUCAAUUGGUGACUUCAUUUUUAACUUGUUGCAAGAAUAAUGGGGAAAUCAAAAAAGGAUAUGAGAUUAUUCAGAAGGCAUAUGGAAUCGAUUUGCUAGCCAAGCAACCUGCGAUAGUGCCUUCAGAAUACAAUCUACAGCUUAGUGCUAAAUCAUUGAAUAUUAUACUUGAAAUAUGUCAUAGAGAUGGCACUUGGUUAAGAGGAAUCGAUUGUUUUAAACUAAUAAGAAUUAAACUUCCCAAACUAGAAUUCGAUAUUGAAAACGUGAAUACCGCGAUCUUGUUAUAUAAUGAAGCAAAAAAUUAUAAAGGGGCUCUUAGCCAGCUUGAGAUUAUACGUGAUCGGAAAUUGACGCCCAAUUUGCAAACCUAUGUUUCGUUGAUGUCUUCUUGUAAACAAUCUAAAGACUUGACUAUGGCCAAAAAGUUAAUCGAAGAAAUGCAACAGUGGCAAAUCACACCCGACAGUGCUGUAUUAGGCUCGUUAAUUGAGUGCACUCUUGGACAACCCAAGUUUCAGAUCAAAGAGUUGCAUUGGGCGUUGGAUCGGAUUGAAGGAUUUGGAUUGAAUAUUUCGUUGAUGAGAUCUCCUAAACCUCCUAAACUUCCGAUUAAGAUUGACAAUUUAAACUUUUUGAAGUCGAUUUCCAACGCGUAUGCUUUUGCUUUGGAUAAAGCUGAUGAUCUGUUGUUGGAUAAGAAAUUAGAAUCGUGGACAUUCUUUAAAGAAAUUUAUGAGAAAAGACUCCGAGACUUCGUAAAGGUGGGAAUUCAUGGAUACGAUGAAGAACCAACACAGAAAUCAAAAGUUUCAUCAAGACAAGAUUAUUUAUCAAAUGAUGACGAAAAGCCAAUACGAAAAUCAAAAGUUUCAGCAAAACAAGACUAUUUCUCAAGUGAUGACGAAAAGCCAACACGAAAAUCUAAAGGUUCUGCUAAACACCAAGAUGAUUAUACGGAUGAGGAAGAAGAAGAAUCGGCAAAUUAUACAAGUAGAGGAAAUAUCAGUUCAUCUGGAAAGAGAUUUAAGGCUGAUGCAGAAUCUUACGAUAAAGGAAGAACGAAAUGGCAGUUUGAUCCUAAUGAAAGAUUUAGAUCACGUGAGGACAAAUACGAGAAAAAAGGUUAUCCCGAUGGAGAAUUCGACUCAAGACCAAAGAAAACACAGAGACAUUCAGAUGAUGGACGAGAAAAUAAUAAAUAUAAUGAAUUCGGGGGAUCAAAAUCGAACACUAGAUAUCGCGAGGAUGAUUCAUGGUCGUCUAAACCAGGGUUUGAACGAGAAAAACCAAGGUAUUCGGGAUAUAAUAAUGACAACAAUGAUAAUUAUUCAAAAUCGAGGGAUAGACCCAGUUAUACCGAUAGAAAUCAACCAACUAGAUUUAAUACAGAAGCAGCAGAGCAAAGACCAAAAACCCGUGAACCAGUACAGGAAUAUUCUAGAUCAAGAUUCCGUGAACAAGAAAACGACGAAGGCAGGCCUUCUAGGUCAAGAUUCCUCGAAAAAGAAAGCGACGAAAGAAGACCUUCUAGAGCAAAUUUUGGGGCUAACAGUAAUAACAGACAAUUUAGAUCAUCAGAAAAAAACGAUGAUGACGAUGGUGAUAUCGAUUAUCGUAAAUUUAAUUCUUCAACAGGUUAUGAAAAAAGACAAUUGUCAAGGUCAAGAAUUGACACUAGUCGAGUUCCAAAAGUGUUCCAACCAGAUCCACGGGAACAAAGAGGUGGCGGUAGUUCAAGAUUCCGCGAUUCAGGACCACCAACAUCACGAUUUAAUAAUAGUGGUAAUAGUAAGUUUGAUUAUGAUGAAAGGCCUAAAAGACCACCUAUGAGACGCAAUUAA